GUUGGCUCGAACUAGCUGUCUUGCGCUGCACGCGCUAAAAAUUAUUAUGAGGUGGAAAAGUUAGCCGAGUUUGGGUUGACUGAAGAAAACUCAGUGAUGGCAAACGAAACCACUCCUGUCCGAGCAGGGGCUGUAAAUGUGCCUUUUGGGCAUGUGAUCGGUAAUGAGAAAUGGAAAGGAUCGCAGAUUGCUCAGGGAAUGCAAGGGAAAGUUAAGCUAAUUCUAGAAGAUGGCUUGGGAAUUGUGGACUUCCAUCUUUCAAACAGAACUUGCAUUCUUUAUAUUUCUGAAGCGGACCUAGUAGCAGGAAAUGCCUUCAAACGACGACUUGUUCGUUUUAGAAAUGCCAGCAGUCUUCAAGGAAUUGUGAUAGUUGAGAAGACUCAGAUAAGUGAUCAAUAUUUUCCGGCAGUACAGAAAUUUGUUGUUUUGGAACUUGGAAUGGCAUUACUUCCAGUGACUAACCAGGAAGAAGCAGCACAGGUUAUUAUCCAGCUAGUCCAGGAGCAAGCUAAAGAUCGAGCCUGCAACCCGUUCCUUAAGAAGGCUUCUCAGCUCUUGGAGACUUCUGUAUUCCAAACAGUUCAGCAGAUUCCAGGAGUUGGGAAAACGAAAGCUUUGCUGCUUCUAGAAAAAUUUGGAAGCAUCCACCAGCUUUGUAAUGCAUCCAUCCAGGAGCUUGAACAGAUAGUUGGUCGUGCAGUAGCGCAGCAAAUCCAUACGUUCGUCACACAAACAAGGUAACUUCAUCUCGUUGCCAUGAAAGGUGAGCGUCUUGGAAGAAGCAAUUGACUUUCAUAAAUAAGACUAUACGUAAUAGACACCUGAGGGGAUGCACAGCUCGAUUUCUCUUCAUAGGAGGUCUUUAAACACACACUGUUGCAGAAUCUCUGCAGGUUCAACACUGAGUUUAAAUGAAGAGGACAUCUAGACAUCCUGUGCUGGAAAAGGGCUGCAUUACAGGCCUUCAUGGAUGGCACUGAAGUACAGAUGCACCACCUUGUGUCAAGAGUAGCUACAUAAUGACUUUCCUUUUGUCUAGUCAAGUCUCUCCUUCAGGGAGAACGUUAAAUCUAAGAAGUUUAUUUUCAAUGUGCUUUCACUGGGAAUACUAGAAACUGGCCACUGUUAGGAGCUACAAGAAGUGGAGAGACUGGAAUUGACUGGGCUUGGGGGGGGGGGUGCCUCCAGGAUUCUCAUUGGGGGCUCCACGUGUAUAUUUUUUAAUAUUAAACACUGUAUUUGUACAUACUAAAGUACAAACUUGUCCUGUGUUAUGAGAUUCCUGAAUUUUAUACUGAUGAGAGGAAAGUAGUGUGGAGUUAGUGUUAGCAGAGUACCUAAGCAGAGGUCAGGACACUGAACUGAUUAUGGGUAACAAAACCUUUCUUUAUGGAACUAGCAAACUAGAUUGGAAAGAGAAGAGAGAAAUCAGGCUGCCUUGAUAGAUGGGUAUUUGUGUAGAGUUCUAGAAGAAAAAAUCCUAAGAACAGCAUUCUGUAGACAGGCAAAGAAAAGCCCUUUAUAGAAAGUAGGCACUCCUCCUACAAUCCUGUCUAGCUAGAGCUUGCAACCCCUUGCAGGAUCUUUUCCUCUUCUUUGUACACAAGACACUGCUAUACUCCAACAGUUACUUUGUAGACAAAUCCAAAAAAGUAAAGGAAGUUUAUAAGUAGGUUCUAGUUCAAAAAGUUUUAAAAACCCUGGCUUAAGAUUUUGAUAUGGUUGGGGCGGGGGGUAUAUAGAAUGUCAUUGAUAGCAUAUUAACUUUGCAUUGGAAUUGGAGAUGAGCAGUCUGUGUGAGGCAGAGGUAGUUUACCUGUCUGGCAACCUUGUGAGUUGGUUACAUAAUCAGUUUUCCAGAACUGUUUGUGGAGGCUUUUAAGGGCACAAACGGGCACAAGGAAGAGCAUGCAUCUCUAUUUGCAUAUAAAAUCCAAAUUGCAGGCUCGUGCAGCCUCCAUUUGCCUCAGGGUUAAGCAUGGAAGGGUGAAGUAGUUUCAUUUUCAAUCUUGGUGCAGUUCUCUUUGAAACCUGCUUCUCACACUGUGCUGUUAGCACUGAAAGGAAAAAAAUGUCUUUUUAAAAAGCCUUGAUAGUCUGCCACACACACACCCAUACACACACCUUUAAAGUUCAAAUAGCAAAAUGGGACAUUGAAAUUUUAGACUCCUUUUCCCUUCUCCAUGGCCCU